CUCAUCGAUUUUCCAAGUGGUGCCCGCCAUUAUUGCAAUUAUUUGCAGGCGGCUGUCGUUCGAUCGAAACGUUUUUUUGUUAGUAUUUUUUGUAGUGAAAAGGCGAGGAAAGUGGACAACUUAUGGGUGUAAAUUGCUACUUAGGUCUCCAUCGUGAGCCAUACACUGUCCACGUACAUGAAACUCAUCCUGGGAGUGUGUAGUUGGGCGGUGAAGAAAAAGUGUGUCUCCCUGUGAGCCAAGAGUGAAAAAUCGGCCUCGCCCCGUGUCAAAAAAAAAGUUUUCACCCAUCUCUUGGCAAGAAUGCUGAUUUCUGUUCUGACUUUUGCAUCAAUUUAAAUGCACACACCGCUCCCCAUCACCUGUCGCCAUCGAGACACCGUGUGGACGAGGACUGAGGGGAUUGCUGGACGUCUGCCUGGACAUUUUUUCCCUGAGGUGGCACGUGAGGGAUUCGCCUGGAGGGGCACGUGACGGGCGGAAAUCGGCGUUGAGGAGCACCCAGGACCAGUUUAGUGUAAAGUACACGAGGGAAUUCCCAAGGCGGCAAAUGUGAGACGAGGAAUACCAGAAAAAAAAUAUAGUGUCAGUGCAUUUGAUGAACUGUGCAGGAAAAAACCAAAAAUUUCCAGUGAAGUGAUUAACAAAGUGAAUUAAAAAAUAAAUAAAUAAAAGUGAUUUUAGUGACUGAAAGAGAAGUCAGGAAGGACUCUCAGCCCAUGAUCAUCUGACAGUGGCGUAGGACUUUUUGGCAGCCACUGAGAAGUGACAUUGUGUGAGCCCCCGUGGGGAUCUCUGGUGAUCGCCAGGGCAGUGAGAGAAGGCAGGAGAGUGUGUGUGUUGUGUGGAAAAAAAUCCAAGGAAGUGUGACAAAGUGAGAGAGAAUAUGGAGUGCUGCCUUUCGGAGGAGGCCAAGGAGCAGAAACGCAUUAAUCAGGAGAUUGAGAGGCAACUGCGACGGGACAAGCGAGAUGCCCGGCGUGAACUCAAACUACUGCUCUUGGGGACUGGAGAGUCGGGGAAAUCGACAUUUAUUAAGCAGAUGAGAAUUAUCCACGGAAGUGGUUACUCAGAUGAGGAUAAACGGGGCUUCAUCAAACUCGUCUAUCAGAAUAUAUUCAUGGCAAUGCAAUCAAUGAUAAGAGCCAUGGAUCUCCUGAAGAUUCAAUACAGUGUGCCACACAAUCAGGACAAUGCGGAAUUGAUCAGAAGUGUGGAUUUUGAGACGGUCACAACCUUUGAGCCACCUUACGUUCAGGCUAUUAAGGAUCUGUGGUCAGAUGCUGGAAUCCAGGAAUGUUACGAUCGAAGGCGAGAGUAUCAAUUGACCGAUUCCGCUAAAUACUACUUAAUGGAAAUUGAUCGUGUGGCUGCACCAAAUUAUCUACCAACUGAACAAGAUAUUCUACGGGUUCGAGUUCCAACGACUGGGAUUAUUGAGUAUCCGUUUGAUUUAGAGGAAAUCAGGUUUAGUUAUUUGAGUGAUUUGGAAAGAAUUGAAAGUCCAGAUUUCCUGCCAACGGAACAAGACAUUUUACGUGCACGAGCUCCAACUACUGGAAUCCUUGAGUAUCCAUUUGACUUGGAUAGCAUAAUAUUUAGGAUGGUAGACGUUGGUGGACAGAGAUCAGAAAGAAGAAAGUGGAUUCACUGUUUUGAGAAUGUCACUUCUAUCAUCUUUCUAGUGGCACUUUCUGAAUAUGAUCAAAUUCUUUUUGAAUCGGAAAAUGAGAAUCGUAUGGAGGAAUCAAAAGCUUUAUUCAAAACAAUUAUUACUUAUCCGUGGUUCCAACACUCAUCGGUGAUUCUUUUCUUGAAUAAGAAGGAUUUACUGGAGGAGAAAAUCAUGUAUUCGCAUCUGGUUGACUAUUUUCCAGAAUAUGAUGGACCCCAGAGAGAUGCAAUAGCUGCCAGAGAAUUCAUUUUGCGUAUGUUUGUAGAUCUUAAUCCGGAUUCGGAGAAAAUUAUUUAUUCGCAUUUUACUUGCGCUACAGAUACUGAAAAUAUAAGAUUUGUAUUUGCUGCUGUAAAGGAUACGAUCUUGCAGUCCAAUCUCAAGGAAUACAAUUUGGUGUAGAGGAUAAAAGUGGAACGCCAAAUUCGAACAUCGAAUUGUGAUGCGUGUUUCUGUGGAGUUUAUAAAAAAAGGUAGGAAGAAAAAGAUGAUGAUAAAAAAACGGAGAUUUUUUUUUAUUUAAGGAGAAAAUAAAAAAAUAAAAAAUAAACAGAAUAAUGAAGGAAAAUGUUGGGCAAAAGCGUGAAUAUAGAAAGUAAAUCAGAGUUUUAGACAACUUGUAGCCCAAUAUUGUAUAAAAGAAAAAAAGAAAACAGUUUUUAAGAGAAAUAAAAUUACCGAUAGGUGAAAAAAAUGGAACAUUUAUAGAAAUGAUAGAUAAAGGAAAAGGAGAAUCUUUAGCGGAAAGAAAAAAAGAUGAAAAGAAGUAUAGUGAAGGAAUUACCUAAAGAGAAAACAAAAAAAAAACAAAGCACAAAAUCCAUUCUCUAUAGUUGCAAAAUAAUUAUUGAGAAUAUUUAUUUUUUCAAAGUUCAUUUUAUAAUAUUUUCUUUAUAUGAAAAUAACCAUCCUGAAAAAUAGGGACAUUGCUGCAUUUUAUCGUAAUAUUUCUAUUUGUUAAAUUUCGAUAUUUUGAAUAUAAAUAGGAUUAGACUUUCUAAAUUAGCUCCGCCCACAAAUAAUUUUAAGCCCCGCCCCUUUGAGAGUAUGUGCAAUAUUUCCCCUGAAUUUCAGCGGAAUGUUGACGUUUUACAACAAAUUGAACAACUAUUUAGCAUUGUUCUGUUAAAAUUUUUGAAAUUUGUUGGUCGACAUGUCGUUCAAAUGUCCCCCAGUUUGUCGUUUUAUAAUGUUUAGCAACUGUUUCGGACCAAAACCUAACCACUUCCUAUCAAAAUGUUGCUUUAGAGCAUUAUAAGUUAUACUACUGUUAUCUUAAUUGAAACGUAUUUUGUUCGUAAAAUUUACAAAAGAAAGAUUGCCAUAAGUUCGAUUCUCAAAAGUUUCUGGGAAAUCUUUCUAUAAUUUUAUAGGAAAACUUCCACUUUUAAAGGAACUUUUAUAGGAAAACUGGAAAAAAAAUCCAUAAACUUAUAUCAAAGCUUCUUACAUGUAAUUUGAUUCUCAAAAGUUUCCGGGAAAUCUUUCUAUAAAUUUGUAGAAAAACUUCCCAUAAAUUCAGAAUUCUAAGAAGCUCUUCAUGGGUUUAUGAAAAACUUUCCCAUAAACUUAUAGCAAAGCUUCCUACAUGUCACCAGUUGGAUCAGCUACUGUGCUAACUGCAUAUUCGUCUUUGCAUUAGUUGUAAACGGCACAGCGCUGCGUGACCUUUGGAACGAAUACAGGCACAAAAAAUGCAGUUAGUACAGUUUCUGAUCGAACUGACGAUGUAUGGAAAGCUUUCUAUGAUUUUUUUUUUCAAAAAUAUUAUCAUUAUGAAAGUUUUCUGAAUAUAAAUUUAUAGUAAGCUUUUCAAUAAAUUUCUAAAUUAUUUAGAAAGCUUUAAAAAAAUUAUAGAAAAACCUUUUUAUAAAUCUAUAGAAAAUCUUCUCAAAAAGUUAUAUGACAGCUUUUCAUAACUUUAUGGAAAAGUUUUCUAUAUGAAUUUAAUUUAAAUUUUUCAUAAGUUUCUGAGAAAUAUUUUCUACUAAUUUAUAGAAAAGAUGCCAAUAAUGGAAAAAUUUUCAUAAAUUGGAAAGGUUUCUGAAUAUAAUGGCCUCUAUACACUAGAGAAAUUUAUGUCCAUAUUGAAGCAAAUUCCCUACCCUUGUGUAGGUAAUACUUUUCAAUAUGGACAUAAAUUUCUCUAGAGUGUAGAGGCCAUAAGAGGCCUUUUCAUAAAUUUAUAGAUAGGCUUGUAAUAAGUUUAUGGGAAGAUUUCCAUACGAAUUUGUAGUCAAGCUUCUAUAGAUUUAUGGGAAAGCUUUCAAUUGUGAAAACUUCUGAUAAAAUAAUUAGAAAGCCUUGUGAUUUAUAGAAAAGCUUUCUUUGAACACAUAAAAAAAACUUCCUAUACAUUUGUGCGAAAGCCUCUCAUGGGUAUAGAAAAUUUCCUAUAAAUUCAUGGGAGAGCUUUCUAUGAAUUUAUGGGAAUGUUUCUAAUAAAAACUUACAAGAAAUCUUCCCGCAAACUGAUGAAAAAGCUUCGUAAAACUUAUUAGCAGCUUUUUGUACAUUUAUAGGAAAGCUUGUAAGUUUAUAGAAAAGCUUUUUAUAAAUUAUACGGAAGGCUUGCUAUAAAUUUAAAAGGUAACUCCUCAUAAGCUUAUAAAAAGUUUUCCAUAAAUUUAUGGAAAAGCUUUCUAUAAAUUUAUAGGAAAGGCUAUAAAGUUAUAAACAAGUUUCUUAAGAAUUUUUAAGAACGUUUUCCAUAAAUUUAUUAAAAAGCUUGUAAUAAAUUAAGUGAAGAACUUUGUACACAGUGGCACUAAAAUCGAAAAAAAUAAUUUUGAAAUUUUGGAGGUGAAUACCAAAAACGUAUUUAUGUACUUAAAGGAAAUUAGAACAUAUUGGCUUCGUUCAGUAAUAAUCCUUCGAAAAGACAAAACCCCUCAAAAGCCAAGCCAUAUCUAUUCGAAUAUCUACCGGAAGUCUAAAGUGGAAGUUCACGUACUCGCCGCUUGAGCGCUGAUUGUUCUGCCAUUUCGAAUUUCGGUGUUCUUGACACUUUAAUUGUCAACAAUGUCAACAACAGUUUGUAAACGUAAUUAAGAAUUAAUUUAAUAAAAAAAGGUAACACAGUUGAAAUGGUAAAAGAAAGCGCGCUGUAUUUUACCAUUUCAAAUUUUGUUUUAUUUUUCUGUGUUCUUAAUUGAUUUAACCCAUGGCUUUUCAAGAAAUUUACACAGGUCAUUUAUACAGGUCAAAUACAUUAAAAACAUAUUUUAAAAAUUGAGUUGGACGAUGCUUGAAUCAUCCAAAGGUAGCGUGCUUUCUCUGACAGUUUCCAGUGACUUUCUUGAGUUUAAUAUAGUGAAAUUAUGUUGGAAAACUGCAAAAGCUUGGUAUUAAACAAGAAUAAGCCAUAUUUAAAAAAAAGGGGCGUGGCCAAAAUUAUAUUAAGGCGUGGCUUAUUUAGAAGAUCCAAUUCUUUUUCGAAAAAUUAUCGGAAUUUAAAAAAAUGAUUGCAGUAAAAUGUGGAAGUCCCAAAAUAAAUAUAAUAAAUUUCUAUUUUAUCACGCACAUAGGAAAAAAUAGAUUACGGUAAACAGAUAAAAUAUUUCAACAAAAACAAAAAUGAAAAAAAGAAAUAUAGAGAUUUGUACUGUUGCAUAAUUUAAUGGAAAACAGAAAAAAAGAAAAACUAAUGGAUUAUAAUUAAUAGACUGUAAAUAUUUUGUUUAUUUUUAUUUAUUCUUGUUUUUUUCUUAAUUUUUGUUAUUUUUUGCUUAUUAUUUUUUUUUCUUUGAGAAAAUAAUCAUCUAAUGUGCCACUUUUUUACACAAGAAAACUUUUUUAGUGAAAAAAUGCCCUUUUUACCAUGAAAAAAAGUGAAGAGAAAAUCAAAGAGAGUUUGGCAUGUAGGGAUUUAAAAAAAAAAGAAGUGAGAAAAAUUUCAUAGAAAUUAUUUUGUCUCUUCAUUGCAAAAGGAAAUCAGAAAAUUACAAAAAAAUAGAAUUAUUUUUCAUCAAUGUGUCUAAUAAAUAAUAAAUUUAAUGAAAAUUCUUUGUAUAGCUAUUGUGAAAAAAUGUUUUUAAUGAGAAUUCUUUUUUAUUAUUAUUUGUUUAGAUGUUGUUUAUUUCAAUUGAUAACAAAUAUUCAGUGAAACAAAGCAUUGUAUGUGUAAUUAAUUUUCUAUUUAGUCAUUUUUUGUGUGUCUUCUGUGCUGAGGUAGAAGAAUUUAAUAAAAAAAAGAAGAAAAGAUUGUGGAUUGCUGACGAGAUGUGCGAAUGUGAAGGAUUCAAUAGGGAAAUAAAAGAAGCAUUUCCUAUUUUAAGUGAAAAAAAAAACAAAAAAAAAAUUAGUGAAACUAUUUGCUUAUUUCUUUUGAGAUAAGAAUUUUAUUAAACUUAUUUUCUCUUUCACAAUUUUGCAAUUGGUUUAACAAAAAAAAUAUAUUGAAGUAUUUAUUGUCCACAUGAAAAAUAAAAUACAAAAGAAUAUCACUGUGUCAUAAGAAAAAAUAAGCUAAUAGACGUAAAAAUGAAAAUAUAUAGAAAAUAUUUUUAAUUGAUCAUGGAAGAAAAUAAUAUAAUAUGGAGAAUUAAAAGCGCACAAGAAAAACCAUACAAAAAACUUUCACAAUUUCACACAAAAGAAUAAUAUGAAAAAAUAAAAAAAAUAGUCACGACAAAGAGAAAAAGGAACAAAAAUUUUGUAUAAAACUGCUUUAGUGUAAUAGUGAGAGUCAAGGGAAGCAAAAUGAAAAUUGCAGCAAAAAAAAUGUGGAUGAUGAAAAGGUAGAUUACAGAAAGUAGGAACUUCAUUUCUAAAUAUACAAAACAACUAAAUGAUGGCAAGGAAAAACGUACAUUGGGCGCAAAAAUAAUUGUUCUUUUAUAGGAAACAUUCAAAUGCUCCCGAGUUUCUUUUUCAGAUUCACUUUUAAACUUCACGUUUCAUGGAUAUUUUCAGUAUAUUUCUAUGAAAAUAUACUUCCCAUAAAUUUAUAAGGAAAGCUUUCCAACAAUUUUAUAGGAAAGCAUUAUAAAAAUUUACAAAAAAUCUUCCCAUAAAUUUAUGGGAUGAUUUACUGUAAAUUUGUUUUAGAGCUUUUCAUAAAUCUGUCGAACAACUUUCUAUAAAUUUAUAGGAAGGUUUCCCAUAAUUCCAAAAUUUAUAGGAAAACUUUCUAUAAAUUCAUGGCAAAGCUCUACAUAAAUUUUUACAAGAGCUUUCUCAUAGAUUUAUAGAAAAAUCUUUAAGUUCGCGAGAAAGCUUUCUAAGAAUCUAUAGUAGAAACUAGGAAGUCAUCUCAGCGAAAGUUUCCAGCAAAUUUAUAGAGAAGUGUCCUCUAAAUUCAUGGGAAAGCUUUUUAUGAAUUUAUAGGAAUUCUUCAUGUAAAUUUAUAAGAAAGCUUCCUAUAAACUGAUAAGAGAGCUUUCCUAGACAUUUACGGGAAUACUUCUUAUAAAUUUAUGCGAAAGCUUCAAAGAAAGAUAUAAGAAAGCUUCCUGUGAAUUCAUGGAAAAGCUUUCUAUAAAUUUAUAAGAAAGCUUCGUGUAAUUUGUCAAAAGCUUUCCCAGAAAUGUAUAGUAAUACUUAUAAAUUUAUACAAAAGCUUCCAAGAAAUUUAUAGAAAAGCUUCCUAUAAAUACAUGAGAAUAGCUUUCUAUAAGUUUAUGUGAAUGCUUUCUAUAAAUUUACAAGAGGAAGCUUCCCACAAACUCAUGAGAAAGUUUCGUGACUUAUGAGGAGCUUUCACAGAAAUUUACAACCUCAUUAAUUUAUGCGAAAGUUUCCAAGAAAUUUAUAGAAAAGCUUCACAGCAACUGACGAGAGGGCUUCGUGUAAUUUGUCAAAAGCUUCAAAUAAAUUUAAAGAAAAGCUUCCUUUAAAUUCAUGGGACAGCUUUUAUGCUUUUAUGGGAAAGCUUCCUAAAAAUUUACAUUAAAGUUUUCGAUAAACUGGUGAGAAAGCUUCAAAGAAAACUUAUGACCAGCUUUUCUAGAAAUUUAUAGUAAUACUCCUCAUAAAUUUAUGCAAAAACUUCAAAGAAAUUCAUGGAAAAACCUUCUAUGAAAUUAUAGGAAGAAAAUUUACAACAAAGCUUCCCAUAAACUGAUGAGAAAACUUUGUAUAAAUUUAUGGAAAACUUUUCUGUAAGUUGAUGUAUCGCUUUUCCAUGAAACUUGAGGAUGCUUUUCUAGAAAUAUAUGGAAUAGCCUGAGACAGCAAAAUUUUUCCAUAAAUUUAUCGAAAAUCUGUCCGAAUUUAUUGAAAUGCUUCUCAUGAAUUUAUGGGCAAGCUUUCAAUAAAUUUAUAGGAGAGUUUCUGAAAAAGCUUUCCAUAAAUUCUCAGAAAAGCUUUCACUGAAUUUAUUGAUAUGCUUUUCAUAAAUUUAUAGGAAGGCUUUCUAUUGAUUUAUAAGAAAAUUUAUGGGAAAACUUAUCAUAAAUUUAUAGGAACACUGACUAUUUAUAGGUAAGUUUAUGGAAAAGCUUUUCACAAGUUUAUAGAAAAGCUUUCUCUGAAUUUAUUCAAAUGCUUUUGAUAAAUUUAUAAAAAAGCUUUCCACAAAUUGAUGGGGAGCCUUUAUAUAAAUUUAUAGGAAAGUUUAUGAGAAAGCUCUUCAUAAAAUUUACAGAACAGCCUUCUCUGAAUUUAUUCAAAUGCUUCUCAGACAUUUAUAGGCAGGCUUCCCACAAAUUGCUUUGGAACUCUCAUAUAAAUUUAUAGGAAAUUUUAUGGGAAAGCUUUUUAUAAGUUUAUAGAAAAGCUUUCUCUGAAUUUAUUCAAGUGCUUCUCGUGAAUUUAUAGGAAAACUUCCCAGAAAUUGCUGGAAAGUCUUCAUAUAAAUUUAUAGGAAAGUUUUCCGUUUUUCAUUAGUCCUUAUUUUAACCCAAAAUUUCCAACCACAAAACCACAUUUUUCCUCCUCUUUGUACUUUUUCUUUGGCACUUUAAUCUGCUUUCUGUUGCUGGCAAUAGAAUUGCAGCGAGGUAUUCAAUUGACAAAAUUGUGAAGAUGAAAAGUCUUUAGGUGAUAUGAAUAAAAGUAAGAGAAGAAAGGGAAAAAAUACAGUCAAAAAAAUGGGAAAAGCAAAAUUUUUCAUAGAAGAGCAUCAAGGUUUUUUAUUUAAACUCGAAAAUUUGCAUUUUAUUCUUGAAUCUUCAUGAGAAUUUUGCUGAGCAAUGACCAUUUCUCACAAGUUUUUUUUAGCAUUAACUAGAAGUCAUUUGGAGUGAGAAAUAUUUCACCCAAUAAAAAAAAUCAGAAUGCGUAAAUCUAGUAGAACCCUCAGAAAAAAAUGCUUAAAAAGAGAAAUAUGAAAAAAAGUCCAUUUAGAAAUGAUGAAAAAAAUAUAAAAGAAAAAAAAGUGGAUACCAAUUGACGAAAGGAAUAUUAGAUGCAUAUUGUUAAUUAAUGUGAUUUCUAGAAUAUUUGCGUAGAUAAUUUUUAAGUUAUUGAAGAGAAGAAAAUGAAAGGCAGAUGGGAAAAUUGCAAAGAGAAUUUUCUUUAGAAGAAAUUGCGCAAAAAAAAUGAGGUAUUAAAUGCAAAAAAAAAAAGAAAAACAUCCUCAAAAAUAAAUUAUAUUUAAAAAAAAUCACACAAUUUCAUCAAAACACCUUCAUUGCAUUCAAAUAGAUGUCAAAACUCUCAAAAAAUUAAAUUUUUCUUGUGAUUGCGAAAAACAAAGAUUUAAGGAAAUAAAAAAUGAAUAAAGUUCCACCCUUCUUCCUCCUCUUUUUCUAUUGCGUGUACAUUUUAAAAGAUAAAUGAAAAAAAUGUGAAAAAAAGCAUUAGAUAAGUGGUCCAUAAAUUUAACUUUAAAAGAAUACCAAUUUAAAAUAUCUAAAAUAGAAAAUAAUAUUAAAAAAAAAGUCUUAUAAAAAUAAAAGAAAUACCAUAUAGCGAUAGUUGAUUAUUUCUUCCGCGCGUGGAAAAUAAAUCGACUGAAAAGUCGUCGGCAGGAAGAAAGUGAUCCUUCUUGUAAAAAAAAAUAAAUAAAUAAAAUUUAAAAACUAAAAAAAAA